CCACCGGCAGUGACAGUGGGAGGAUGCGCGCCGCCCCUCCCGAAGUGCAUUGUAACGAUUGAAGCGGAAGAAAGUUGAAGAAUGAAUAAAACAUGAAAAUUUUAAAGAAGAGAAUAAUAGACUAAAUUUGAAGUUGAAAAAAUAAAUGAAAGUGAAAAGACAACAAAGCAAGAAAUAAAAGUUGUCAAAAAAGAAAAAAAAAAAGGAAUUAAGAAACAGACCUUGACAAGACAAAAAAAAACAUGCCAGAAGUGAAAACGUGAAAAGAAAAAAAAAGAUCAAUAAAAAUGACUUGAAAACGAAACAAAAACAUUAAACAAGAAAAAAUAGAAAGUGGAGAAGAAAAAAACAAACAAAAAACAACUUGAAACUCAAAAAACAACAAGAAAACAAGAAAAAAAAUCACUCUAUUCCCCUCUUUUUCCUCCCCUCCGUCAAAGCCUUCCACACGUCACCCCAAACUGGCCAUAUUCUGGUUACACUGGAUUGUAACUCUGAUAUACUGGUCACCUGAGCCACGCCCCCUCCUCCUCACCUGCCCUCCCUCACGUACCUGUAACAUCAUAAAUCAGUGAGUUAAAAAAUACAUAUAAAACGCUGGAUAUGAGAAAAAAGUGACUGAGUGAGAAAAAAACGCAAAAAGAAGGAAGAGUGAAAGCCGGAAAAAAUAAAACUAUCAAGAAAUUGUUUUGACUUAAAAAGAAGAAUGUGGGAAAAAAAUAACCAAAAAAUAAAACAUUCGUGACAUAUUUUACUGAGUGUGUUUAAAGAAAUAAAAGAAGAAAGAAAAAGAAAGUAAAAAAAAACUAGAAAAUAAUUUGACUUGUAAAGAAAAAAAGUGGAAAAAAACAAUAACAUAAACCAAUCUAUCUUCAUCUUAUCUUAUUGAGUGUUUAAAGAAAGAAAGAAAGGAAGAAAAAGAUAGACGAAAAAAAAUAAAACUAGAAAAUAAUUUGACUUAUAAAGAAAAAAAAGUGCAAAAAAACAAUAACAAAAACAAAACUAUCUUCAUCUUAUCUUACUGAGUGUUUAAAGAAAAUAAGAAACAAAAAAGAACAAAGACAACAACAACAACAUGGUGGUGUGGCGGCCCCGUCCCCCCCCUUCACCCCCCUUCCUUGACCCCCUCCUCACCAUCAACACCUAAAUCACCUCAACAUCACCAUCUUCACUAUCACCAAUAACUCCUCUCGUAACUUUUCCUCACCAUCAUUUUCCCCACUAAUCAAACCCUAUAGUCCCCCAAAACAAUCACUAUCAUCAUCAUCAUCAUCAUCACUUCACCAUCAUCGCCAUCAAUCACACCAUUACUAAGUCUUCUUAUAGAGUUUCCUCACUAUCAUUUUCACCACAAAUACAACCCUUUGGUCAUAAGCCUCCCCCCCCCCCCUUAAGAAAACACUAUCAUCACUAUCAGUAUCUUCACUAUCAACACCACUGAAACACCAUCACCAUACACCUUCACUAUAAUCACCAUCACAAGCAAAGCACCACCAGUCUCCUUGUUGCGCACACUCCCCUUCAUCUUAGCAACCACCCUCACCACUAUCACCACCACAACCACCAUCACCAUCACCACCUCCACUCCCAACCACCUCAACACCCAACACCACCUCCUCUGACACCACCACCACCACCAUUAACAGUACGUACAAAUAUCUCUCACCUCCUCGAGAAUUCACCACCACCACCACCACCACUGUCCUAACCAACACCACACACAAACUCACCCUCCACCACCACCACCAGGAGCGUCUACCAGUCAACCACCACCACCAUCACCACCAUCACCACCACCAGCACCAUGGCCCCACUGGAGGAGAAGAAAGAGUACACGCCCCCGCCCGCCAGAAUGUCGUACAUGGGCCUGAGUCAACACAUCGACUUCGACAACCUCCCGGACCCCAACACGCGCUUUGAGCUGCUCGAGGUGAUAGGGGAAGGGACGUAUGGAGAGGUGUUCGCCGCCAAGGACCAUGACACCAAUGAGAAGGUGGCAAUCAAGAUCAUGGAGAACAUCGGGGAGAACCUGGAGGAGAUCGAGGAGGAGUAUCUGAUCCUACGUGACCUCAGCAUCCACCCGAACCUCCCAGCCUUCCAGGGGAUCUUCUUCAAGCGAGGCAACGUCAGGGAGGAGGAUCAGGCCUGGCUAGUCAUGGAGCUGUGUCCUCGAGGCUCCGUGACAGACCUCGUGCAAGCGCUGAUCCGCCGAGGACAGAAGCUGACGGAGAAACAGCUGGGCUACAUCCUGAAGGAGACCAUUGACGCCAUGGUAUACCUGCACCAGAACCGCGUCAUGCACCGGGACAUCAAGGGACACAACCUCCUCCUGACGGAACAAGCCAACAUCAAGCUCGUCGACUUCGGGGUGUCCUCCCACCUCGCCUCCUCCUGGGGCCGCCGCAACACCUCCGUCGGCACCCCCUACUGGAUGGCGCCCGAGGUUAUCGCGUGUGAACAGCAGCUGGACUACAGUUAUGACGUGCGCUGUGAUGUCUGGUCCCUAGGUAUCACGGCGCUCGAACUGGCCGACGGCGAACCUCCCCUCUCGGACAUCCACCCCAUGCGAGCCCUCUUCCAGAUCCCCCGCAACCCCCCGCCAACGUUGGACCGGCCGGUGGAGUGGUCGAUGGAGUUCAACGACUUCAUCUCUGAGUGCCUCGUGAAGGACUUCGAGCAGCGGCCUAUCGCCAAAGAGCUGCUCCAACACCCCUUCAUCAAGGCCGUGCCCCACAACCCCGAGGAGGUCCGGCGUGAGUUAGUCCUCCUCCAAAAUGACCUUCGGAAGAGAAACCAGCUGGUGCAGAAGGAGCCGGAGACCACCAUCAAGGGCGGCGCGCUGAAGGCUGACCGGCGCACGAAGAGGACGCUCGUUUGGAUGGAUGACCUCGCCUGCCUCGAACGACUGACGGAGGAGGUGAUCGUGGACCACUUGGAGAGGCGGUACCAGACGGAUCAGAUCUACACCUACAUGGGCGACAUUCUCAUAGCGGUCAACCCCUUCAAGGAGCUGGGCGUGUAUGGCGACCAGGAAUCGAGACGGCACAGGGGAAUGGUGAAGAGUGAGAACCCGCCCCACAUCUACGCCAUGGCCGACAACGCUUACCACACGAUGCUCCACCAGAAACAACAGCAGUGCAUCGUUAUAUCAGGAGAGUCCGGCGCUGGCAAGACAGAGAGCGCCAAUUUCCUCCUGAAGCAACUCGUGACGCUAGGAAAGGCACCGAAUCGUAACCUCGAGGACAAGAUCUUGCAGGUGAACCCCAUUAUGGAAGCCUUCGGGAACGCCAAGACGGGUAUCAAUGACAACUCCUCGCGCUUCGGCAAGUACCUCGACCUUACCUACACGCGGCUCGGCAAGGUGACCGGCGCCAAGAUCUCGGUGUAUCUUCUGGAGCAGUCCCGGGUCGUGCGUCAGGCUAAGGGCGAACAGAACUUCCACAUCUUCUACUACCUCCACGACGGACUGGAGGCGGAGGACAAGCUGCUGCAGUAUUGCCUCGACAAGAACAAGCGAGACAAACAUCGCUACCUGUCUGGGUCGAACUGGAGCAAAAGCAAAAGUCAGGCCAAUGUGGAGCAGUUCAACAAGGUGGUGGAGGGGUUCAAAUCACUGGGCUUCCGUGACGACGAGCUAGAUUCGGUGUAUAGGAUCCUGGCGGCCGUGAUCAACCUGGGCGAUGUGGACUUCUACCAGACCAUCGACAAGGACAACAUGGAGCAGGCGGCGGUGAAGAACGUCGAGCAGAUCAAAGUGGUGUCGGAGCUCCUGGGAAUCGACCCGGCUGACCUGACGGAGGCGCUGACGUCGAACAGCGUGGUGACGAAGGGGGAGAUCAUCACACGAAACAACACGGUGGAGGAGGCGGUGUGCACGAGGGACGCCAUGGCCAAGGCGAUGUACGGCCGCCUCUUUGAUUGGAUCGUUAACAACAUCAACAGACUCCUCUCCUUCUGCCGGAUUGUCUACGGCGAGAACUUGGCCGUGGGUCUCCUGGACAUCUUCGGCUUUGAGAACUUCGAGGUCAACUCCUUCGAACAGCUGUGCAUCAAUAUUGCCAACGAACAGAUCCAGUACUUCUUCAACCAGCACAUCUUCACGUGGGAACAGCAGGAGUACAUGUCGGAGGGGAUUGAGGUGGACAUCAUCGAAUUCGCGGACAACAGACCCGUCCUGGACAUGUUCUUGGCCAAGCCCAUGGGUCUGCUGGCGCUGCUGGAUGAGGAGAGCCGCUUUCCCAAGGCCACGGACCAGUCCCUCGUGGACAAGUUCCACAAUAACAUCAAGUCGCAGUACUACAUCAAGCCCAAAGCCCAGGGUCUCGACUUCACGGUGAGACACUUCGCGGGCAAGGUUAUGUACGAUACCCACCAGUUCCUCGAGAAGAACAAGAACUUCCUGCCGACCGAAGUGAUCCAGCUCUUCCGCCAAAGCUCCCACGAUAUCAUAAGGUUCCUCUUCCAGUGCCCGCUGACCAAGACGGGGAACUUGUACUAUGCCACGCCGCGCACGUCACCCAGAAACACCGUCAAUAGAUCCAAGUCAGCCCACGGAAGUACCAAGACGCAGUACGACAGCCGUGGCCUCGCCUCGCAGACAAAGGCGCAGCAGACGGUGGCCACCUACUUCCGCUACUCCCUCAUGGAUCUCCUGCAGAAGAUGGUGAACGGCACGCCACACUUCGUCAGGUGCAUUAAGCCCAACGACGACAAGACCUCCAACAACUUUGAGAAGAAGAAGGUGCAGCGACAACUCCGCUACGCCGGGGUGAUGGAGACGGUGAGGAUCAGGCAGCAUGGAUUCUCACACCGCAUACUCUUCGCCGACUUUCUCAGGAGGUACUGCUUCCUGGCCUUCAACUUCGACGAGCGGGUCACGGCGUCGAAGGAGAACUGCCGCCUGCUUCUGCUCCGCCUCAAGAUGGACGGCUGGGCGCUGGGCAAAACCAAGGUGUUCCUCAAGUAUUACCACGUCGAGUACCUCACCAAGAUGUACGAGAAACAGAUCCGCCGUGUGAUCCAGGUCCAGGCAUGCGUGAGGCGGUGGCUGGCACGUAUCCGCUUCCAGAAGGAGAAGUGGGCCCUCGCGCGAUCCGUCCUCACGCUGCAGAGGUACACAAGGGGUUGGAUCAGCCGUAAGAGGGUUCAAGACGAGGUCAUCAAGAAGGGGGCCGGCAAGAAGGGGGUGGUGCCGCCCCCUCCCAAGGGCCCCGCCCCCCUCCCACCCGGGGGCAAGAAGCUGGAACGACAAGACUCAGGUCAGCAGUGGAUGAAGGCCAAGAUGAUGGGGGCCCUGGGCGUGCAGAGCUCCAUCGACAAGGGCGACGGAGGGAAGAAGGGGAAGGAUGCGAAGAAGGGGAAGGAUGCGAAGAAGGGCAAGGAGAAGGAGAAGGAGAAGGGGAAGAAGGAGAAGGGGUGGGGCAAGGUGCGCCAGGCCUCCCAGGACAGCAAGGGCUCGGCGCUCACGCGGGAGGAGGCGGCCAUCAUUAUCCAGGCCUACUACAGGGGUCACCGCGCCCGGCAGGAGUGGGGGCCCCUUCUGGAGGAGCGGCUCAGCAAGGUGGUGGAGAAGCACCUCGACAACGCGGAUGAGGCGUCCAAGGCCCUUCAGGCGGAGGGACUCUCCCCCGACGAGGCCGCCAUGAUCAUUCAGAAGUUCUGGGGGAGGUACAAGAAGAAGAAGGACCCGGCGAGUGGAGGUGGAGGAGGAGGAGGAGGAGGGCACCAGCAACGAGGAGGAGGAGGAGGAGGGAAGGAUGUUGGGCGGUACACCAACAGCAAACGAAUGACAGACUUGAUUAUGUUUUCACAGCAGGUUCACAUGAGCAACCAAGACACCCACAAGUUCCUGCGUAAACACAAGGCCGGGAUUCGCCUGGAGGAGGUGCGGAAGCCUGACAGCAGCUACCACCGACCCAAGGGCUUCGACAACAUACCCUUGGCGAUACAGGAGCAGCGGAAGAAAGCGCCUGCAGCCCCGACCAGCGGCGGCGGGGGUGGCAACACGCGGCCCUUCAUCAAGAUCACCUCCACGGAUAACAAAGUGUCUGACUACUACGACUUCCUGCAGGAGGAGAUGAGGAGCCCCACGCCGGACUAUAACCCAGACACUCCCUGGGACGCCCCUCUCGCAGCGAAGGUCACCCAGGUCAGCAGUCGACGGAGGGCGGCGGACGAAGCGGGCGUGAAGGUGGACCUCAGGGAAGAGAAGGUGCGGAGGGUGCGUGAGGGCCUCAAGACGCAGAGCAAGGUGAACGAGGAGCGUAGCCACGAUAACCUGAAACAGUGGAAGGGCGCGGUGGCUCUUGGCGCUGGUGUUCCGCCCCCGGAGUGGAGCAAAGGGCGCGGUUCCUCGCCCACCACGAACAUGCAGGCGGCGUCCGACCUUCGCCAGAUGCUCCGUUCCAACCCUACCAACAAGAAGGCUCCUCCGCCCCCCACCCACGGCAACCAGGGCGGAAACGAAAAUAACGAUGACGAAAGCGUGGGUCCCUUCAACUUCCGGCAGAUGCUCAGGAAAACCAACUACGCCCCGACGGACACGAUCAGGAGGAGGCAGUUGAAGAGGGACGGACCUAAUGGCUAUGGCUCCGAGUAUCAUAUGUAAACAAGAUGACAAUGAAAACAAGAUGACAGUGUAAACAGAAUGACAAUGGCAUCAAGACGACUGUGUAAACAAGAUGUAAGAAAGAAAAAAAGUAUAAUAAUUAGUUACAGAAAAAUGUUCCGGCAAGUCGCAAAAAAAAUUAAAAUCUACAAAUGUUAUAAAAAAGACAUCCACUCAGCAUAAAGACCGAUGAUAUAGAAACAAAAAUAUUGAAUGAGUGUAUACAUAACUUCAAUAUAAGUCAAAGGUUUGUGUAAGACUGGGAUUAUGGCUGUAAAAAUAUAUAUACGCUUUCAAGAUGCUG